AUGUCUACGCCGUCAAAGCGAAGACUAAUUCGAGACUUUAAGCGGCUCUCCUCGGAUCCGCCAGGUGGUAUCUCCGGCGCACCUUGCGCAGACAAUCUGCUUGUGUGGAAUGCGGUGAUUUUUGGGCCUGCGGAAACGCCAUUUGAAGAUGGAACCUUCAAGCUACUGAUGACUUUUGACGAAGCGUACCCAAAUAAGCCUCCGUCGGUCAAGUUUUUGAGCAAAAUGUUCCAUCCCAAUGUAUAUGCGAAUGGGGAAUUAUGCUUAGACAUUCUCCAAAACCGAUGGAGCCCGACAUACGAUGUGGCCGCUGUGCUCACAAGUAUCCAGAGUCUAUUGCACGACCCCAAUCCAAACAGCCCAGCAAAUGCAGAAGCCGCAUCGCUAUACCGAGAAAAUAUGAAAGAAUACGUGCGGCGCGUCAAGCAAACCGUUGAGCAAAGCUGGAUUGAUGAGACGGAAGAUGCUUCCGCAAAUGCAGACGAAGAAGCACUGUAA